AUGUCCUAUCUCACUUUAGAAGCUUCCGGAUCUGAAUCAGAAUGUCCCGAUGGCAAUAGGUACCCAAAAUCCUCUGGCAAUGAGGAAAUAGUGGUGGUAGAUGUUCAUGAAAACAAAGGAUGUUCUAUAGGACAAGCAGAAAUGCAGACCCCUGUGCUCCAACAUGUUAGUAGUAGCACCUCACAGGAAUUUAGUUUCAGAGAGGAAUCGCUUUCUGGUAAUGAGAAUGACCAAAGCCACCUGUCUUUAGAGAGUAUGGAAACAUCUUUUAUAAACCAAAGGAAGUCUCAAGAAGAGACAGAAGGGAAUGGUUCUCCAGACAAAGAAGACUAUAGACGCAGUUUGAGUGCAAUGUUAAACCGCUCUUUAGUUGAGAAUCAAGAACAAGCAAGAUUCCAAGUUGAAUUAUCCAGGCCACAUUCUCAACAACAGAUGCAGCCAUUUCACCUGGCUGCUCAAGCAGUAUCCCAGCCACAUUUGCAAGAAGCUGGUACAGGUGACUGGAAACCACAGCAUGUUGUGAUGUCUGAAUCAGCACCUAUUCCACUAACCCUCAGUGAUGAGUUUCUUAGUAAGAAAGGUCCAACAGAGGUAGGUGGAAGAAAGCCUUUACCUCAUCCUCAAAAAUGGUUUGUUUCUUUGGAUGGGCAUUCCAGUGUUCAUGUUAGACAUUCUUACAUUGAUAUUCAAACAACUGGAAGGAAUGGAAUCAACAACAGCGGCCUGGAUUCUGGAGAUGACAUGAAUGAGCGAAAACAGCAAGUGCAGAAAGAUUCGGAUGAAGUGGACCAAAGUGGCAGUGAAUGUGGAGCUGCAGCUUGUAGUCCUGAAAAUAAUACUCCAAGAUGUGUGUUGGAGGGAGGGACAAGCAGAAGUGGUGGCCAAUUGCCCAGCCUGCAGGAAGAAACAAAGAGAAGUGUAGGAAUCACCGGACACCAUGAAGAAGAUUGUGAUGGUAAUGAUGUCAAUGAACCCAAUCAGGAAGUGGAAGGUGAAAAGACUCCUUGGCAAAAGCGAGAGGAAAGACCAGUCAUGGCAUUCAAUCUGAAGUAA